AAUUGUAUAUUUUAUUGUAAAUUCCAGAUAUAAUUCGGUGUUUCCUAUUAAAGUGUUUUAAAAACAAGUCGUUUUUAUUUAUUGACAGUAGUCUUUAGUUGUCAUUAUUAAAUAGUUCCCGGGGGGUUCAUUACUAUGAAUACAAUGAAGUAAACAUUGCAGUUUAUCCUACUCCCUCUUUUUUCAGUACGUUAUGGAGGAUAGUUUGAGCGUAAAAUCUACUGAAUCGGUAGCUACUAGCGAGGAAUUUGAUUUUAUUGGUGAAAAACCUGGUGUUUCCAAAACUCCCACCUUAGAUUUUCAGAACGGAGACCUAAAUGAAUUGACGAAAGCAUUGAAAGAAGUUUUACAAGAACCUGACUCUGUAAUGAGUACCACUGAAAGCGAAGAGAAAAAAAUUGGACAGAGUACAUUCUAUGGCAAACCAGUAGAACUAGGAAUGGACCCAUUAACUCAAGGACAGUUCUCGCCAAUUGACCAUUCAGACUCUACUAGGAUAGAUUCCGGCAGUGAGGAAGAAUGUAGUAUUUCAGAUGUUGAUCAAGAUUGUACGAUAUUCUCGGGAGUAACAUAUCUGGGUGCAGCUGCGAUAAAUGCCCCCAAAUCUGAGGGAGAGAUCCAACGGAAUAUGACAAUUUUGAAUGAGCAAAGUGUGGAACAAGGGAUUAAAGUUGCUGUGUCCGUACCGUCAUCCUCCCAGGGACUUGUUGUGUUAUAUGAUGCAUUAAGCAAUUCGGUGAUAUCCCGAUAUGAGAUACAUCGUAUUCUGUUUUACGCGCGCGGACCAGCCGACAGUCCAGAGGCCAGUUGCUUCGCUUUUACGUGGUCCCACGGAGAGACCCAAGAAUCGGCCAUUUUUCAGUGCCACGUGUUCAGAUGCGACAUAGGAGAGGCUGUUUCGCGCGUUUCCUCUUGUUUCGCAAAAGCUUUUCAAAGAGUGCCAAGAUCCGUGAGUACAAUGAGUAGUUCCAUAACGUCUGGUGGUGACAUUAUGACCGGCUCUAUCACCACGAAUUCCGAAGCCAGGAUAUUGAUGUAUGUUUUCGAGGUUAAUCUAGAAAUAAAAGAAGAUGAUGGCAAGGGUUCUUAUUCGGCGGUAGGCAAAGAUAAGAACGGAUUUAGGCUGAAGGCGAACGUAGGCAAACAGUUGUGUCUAAGCAUCCGGCAGGUAUCAGAUAAUGGACCCCAUUUGUUCAUCGAGCGUUGUUUUGGAGUGCUAGUGGCUGCUGGAAGACACGUCAAACAUUCUGACAUGAGACUGUUGGAAAUGCAAGAACAGACUGCUUCCGGAGCAGCUGCGUCACACGAGCGGAACUGUACGUUGAUAUCUGCCGAUUGGGACCCAACGGAAGACAAUUUUGAGCUACUGAAUACCGAAACCCCGAAAGAUUUCAAACAGUUCAUGACCGUGGCCGUUGAUUUGGUCAUUAGAGGCAUACAGGAACCGGUGAGAUUUUUAAUCGAGACUCCUGUUCGAGUGCAUUCCCAAGGGGAGAGGACUUUUUGGUAUUUCCAAAGGAAAAGUCUGGUGCAGCAGUUUUUCUUAAACUUAAAAGAGGUUGUUUCCGAGCUCAAUGACGUCUAUUACGAAGUGCUAAACAUGGAAACAUCCGGAGAAUUGGAUCGAAAUCUUCUGAAUCUGAAUUUAAACCUGUCCAGUUUAAUACAUUCUCCAAGUAUAACAUCGAUAGAUACUCUUACGCCCAAAGAGGAAUAUUAUUCUGAUGGCGAUGAGCCUCUAUUGAGCGGAACUGGUUCCGUGUCCAAGGACUGCUCUGUCGACGUAUUAGAAUCCUGGCGGACAUUCUACAAAAAUGGAAAUCGACCAAUUUCAAACAGAGACCAAAACAGUUGUCGGCGCUAGUAAAAUUGGGCGUUCCCGAGGCACUAAGAGGAGAGGUGUGGCAGAGACUGGCUGGAAUCGACGAAAACUCGAACAUGAUGGAAAACUAUCGAUGCUUAUAACAAAGGAAUCCAGUUGUGAAAACGUGAUUCAGCGAGACAUAGCCCGAACUUUUCCGGCUCACGACUUCUUCAAAGAGGCCGGCGGGUUGGGACAAGAUUCUUUGUACAGGGUGAGCAAAGCAUACGCCAUUUAUGACUCAGAAGUGGGAUAUUGCCAAGGACUGAGUUUCCUGGCAGCGACUCUACUCCUACACAUGCCGGAAGAACAAGCCUUUUGUAUAUUGGUGAAACUCAUGUACGACUACCAUUUGAGAGACUUGUACAAACACGGUUUUGACAAUCUAUAUUUACGUUUAUACCAAUUAAAUAGACUAAUGGAAGAACACCUGACAUCACUGUCUUUACAUUUUACUGAGCACCACGUCGAGACACACAUGUUCGCCUCACAGUGGUUUCUGACUCUGUUCACUGCCAGAUUUCCCUUGUAUUUCGUGUUCCACAUUAUAGACAUUUUUCUUUUGCAAGGUAUUGAUACCUUAUUUCAAGUUGCCAUAGCUCUUUUAAUGAUGUGCAAAAAAGACCUCCUACAGUUAGAUUUUGAAGGUAUAUUAAAGUACUUCAGAGUCUCUCUACCGAAAAAGUGCAGAUCCGAAGAAGCUGCCAAACAACUUAUUAAACUAGCCUGCAGUAUUAAAGUGAAGAAACUGAAGAGAUACGAAGCCGAUUUCAUAGCUCUCAAAGACAGCUGGGAAAUUAUCAAUUUGGAUUCAGAGGCUGCCGAUCAAGCGGAGAAAGAGGCGAGCGAAGUCGAACAGCUCCGACUGGCCGUCGUGCGAUACGAAGACGAACGAAAGAUGAUGAUGGACGAGAUAAGUCAACUGAAAGAGAUGUUGAAGAGAGAGGUGAAUCAGGCGGAGAGCGAUAAAAGCAGUAACGUGGCCAUUAUUAACGACUACAAGUUGAUAAGGCAACGGCUGGAUACGCAGUUGCACGAAGUAAAAGCUGAGCUGGAUAGCCUAAAGACUAAGGUAUCGAAUUGUGAAAGUUGUUCAGAGCAUUUAGAAAAAUCGAGUAUAGAUAAGACGACUAGUAGUAACGAAAACGCCAGUGAAGAAGAGAGGAUACGAGAGUUAGAAUUAGAAUUAGCCCAGGCGAAAUUGGCUCAUGUUGAAGCUGAAUGUCGUAAUCAGAAUUUGACGCAUCAGUUGCGAGCGACUGAAGUAGAAUUGACGACGGCGAAGAACAGUUGGCCGCCUUGGCUGAGCAAAACGUUGAGUUCGAUAAAGGAAGUAGCCAACAAGAAGGAGUUUUCGGGUUUUACAGUAUCGAACUGCACAAAUCUUACACCGAACCAACCAACUUUUGUAUCUCACAUCAGCGCCAACCGGCGCGAAAGCGUGCCAUCCAAGCGUGACAAAAGCCUACUAACGAAAGAACCCCGCAGGGAAUCUGUGCCCAUUAUUAAGGAUUCUCAGAGUUGCAGUAGCUUGAAAAGUCACCAUUGAAUCCAUGUCCAAUUCGUAGAUUUCACCUACAAGCUAUACGUAACAUUAUUGUGACGUCACGACGCCAUUUUUGUUGAGGUUAGGUCUAGAACUUGAUUUAUCUCUAAUAGCUCUCUUCAGAAAUCUUUCAGAUAAGCUUUUAGUUCAGAUAAGUUCACAAAAAUAAUUAAAAAUGAACUAACAGACAAUUUGGUCUAUUGUAGAUCGUGAUUGAGAACCUAUCCUCACAAAAUUUAAAGUUAUGACGUUAAUCGAUAAUGUGACAUAUUGUUGAUUAACUUUGAUAUUUUCUGUUUAAACUUUUUCGUAUGUAAAGUUACCACAAUAUUUUUUUUAGUUUUUAGGAUCUUUAUUAAUACUUUACAUAAUAUUUAUGACUAAAAUUCAAUAUUUGCGUGACAUUUAAGUCUAGAGUGUCAAUAUUAAAAAAGAACAAUUCAUCAAACAUGUUUAUUGAAAGAGAUUGGAGAUUUAUUGAAAAAUGGCUAGAAAAGAGUGUGGUUACUUCUAGUCAUACAUAGAGUCACGAAAGGUUGUAGGAAGUAGACUAAGAAAACAUUGCAAAUUACUUUACUAACUUGAGAUUAUACAAAAAUAGCAUCACAUCUUGACAGAAACAUAAAUAGAAUAAUUUUAAACACCAAAAUAUUUAUAUUCAAAGUAAAUAGUAAGUAGUUGUGCCAUUUUUUACCAUUAACACAUCUUUUCCAGGAAUAAAAAUAAAGUUAUUGUUUAUGCGAAUGUAGGCAACCAAUUAUACUCAAGUAAGCAGUGCUGGUUGUCUAUAUUUGAAAUUUUACAAGAUGAAUUGUUCUUCUCUCUAUACUUAAAAUUAUUUUAAACCAAUUUAACCACAUUUGUUGCUCUCGCAAUAAAAUUCCCUUUUAUUUGAUCAGAAGCGAGCAUAAAUGUUUGUUAAAAUGUUGAAUCUCCUUUUCCUUGAUAAUUUAUUAAGGAAAAACGUACAAACAUAUUAGAAUGUUAUUUUUUAAGUUGUUGAUGCGACUAAAAAAAAUUGUUUCGAUCGUUCGUAUUAUAAUACGAAAUAGUAUUAACCCGGAAAAUUGACAAAAUGUUAUUGUUUAUACAAGCUCCUCUGAAAAAUGACUCCGAUAUGAAAUAGCAGCUUAAGAAAUAUUUUUUUUUUGAUGAAUAAAGACGUAGAAUAUUAGUAAGGAGGAAAUAUCCAUAGGAAACCAUUUUAUACUUAUAGACUCUAUAAGUCAAUUAUUCUAUAUUCUAUGUAUAUAUUCAUCAACAAAUGAGUAAAUACUCAGUAACGAUAUUGUUUUAUUAAAUUUAACAACGCAGAGUACCCAACUAAAAGACGUCAAAUGUCAUAUUUUGUAUUUCCUUGAGAUUUUGUUCCUUUUUGAGAUUUGAUUGACAUUUGACAUCCAGACCUACUUUAUAUCGGAAAUAAUAAGACUUUUUUAUGUUUACGUUUACUAACAGAGUGCUUUAUUCUUUCUAAACGUUUUCGCAAGAUAUAAGGCAGUUUUUUUUUUUCAUUUUUUGACAUUACGAAUAAGAAAAUAUAUUUUUUGUGGCUUGUGUACCAACUUGUAGCCAUAUUUUUUUAGUGAUAUAGUUGUCGUGAUAGAUAUUUUUAAGUUGUUUUAUUUUAUCUUAGUUAUUUAUAAUGUAAUGUUGUUUUCACUAAGGAAAAAUAUAUGCACCCAUUUGU